AUGCAUCUACACAAGUAUGUCAAAGAGAGUAGAGGCUCUCUAAAGAUAAUCCUCAAAUCAAUAAAGAAACUAAACCCAACCCUGCUUAUAGUAGUGGAACAAGAUGCGAAUCAUAAUGGGCCUUUCUUUCUUGGAAGAUUCCUAGAAUCACUGCACUAUUACUCUGCCAUUUUUGAUUCACUUGAAGCUACUUUACCACGAAAUAGUCCACAGAGGAUGAAGAUAGAGAAAUACCACUUUGCGGAGCAAAUUCACAAUAUUGUAGUUUGUGAGGGCUAUGGCAGGAUUGAAAGGCACGAAAGAGCAGAUCAAUGGCGAAGGCAACUAGGCCGAGCCGAUUUUCAAGUGGUAGGUUUGAAGUGUAUGAGCCAAGUUAGGAUGAUGCUAUCUGUCUAUGGCUGCGAUGGCUACACUCUAGCUAAUGAGAAGGGUUGCCUUCUACUCGGUUGGAAGGGCAGGCCCAUAAUGCUGGCAUCUACAUGGCAACCACAGAACAUCCAGUCAUCUUAA